AUGGCCGGAGGGGCUGAGCUCCUCGGCGGCAGGCGAUGCAUCCCUGUCUCCGGCAGCCCCGAGGUGGAGUGCAGGAGCACGCGCUUUGCCAUGCUGAAGGAGCACCGGGCGGUGACGGGGGACGUGACCGCGUUCGAUGGCUCCAUCCUCUACCUGCCCAUCCUGCUCCCCCAGCCGGUCAGUCUGAAGGCUCAGAGGAGGAGCAACUGGGAGGAGAUCACCAUCACCAUCCAGAUCACCAAGGUCCUCGAGCCCAGCUCGGAUCUCUGCAUCCCCUUUUACAACGUGGUUUUCCGGAGGGUGAUGAGAAUCUUAGAUAUGAAGCUUGUUGGGAGAAAUUUCUUUGAACCUGCCCAGGCCACCAUAUUACAGCAUUACAGGCUGCAGAUUUGGCCGGGAUACUCUGUCAGCAUCCGGAAGAAGGACGGCGGCCUCUUCCUCUUGGUGCACGCCAUCCACAAAGUCGUCCGCAGCGACUCCGUCCUGAAUUUCAUGCACACCAUCUACAAGCAAAGCCUCAGCAGCUUCCAGGACGAGUGCACCAAGCAGCUGGUGGGCAACGUGGUCAUCACCCGCUACAACAACCGCACCUACCGCAUCGACGACAUCGACUGGAACAAGACCCCGAGGGACAGUUUCACCCUGGCCAGCGGCGAGGAGAUCACCUUCGUGGACUACUACAGCAAAGUCUACGGGAUCACCAUCAGGGAGCUGGACCAGCCGUUGCUCGUCCACAGGCCCAGGGAAAAACAGACGCCGGAGGGGAAGCGUCGGCUGGACAUGGUGCUGCUCGUGCCGGAGCUCACCUUCAUGACCGGGGUCCCUGAGAUAAGGAAGGACAGUCGAAUGGUGAAGGACGUGACGCGGGAGAUGCUGCAGAGCCCCAGGCAGCACUACAUGCGUCUCACCAGCCUCCUGCGCAGGAUCAAGGACAGCCCGGAGGCCUCGGGGGAGCUGAUGCGCUGGGGGCUCAGCCUGGACCCAGACAUCCACAGGACCCAGGGCCGAGUCCUGCCCGCGGAGAGGAUCAACCUGCGGCACAGCUCCUUUGUCCCCACCGAGGACCUGAGCUGGAACAAGGAGAUCACGCGAGAAGCCUCCAUCUCGGCGAUCGCCAUGAAUUACUGGCUGCUGGUUUACCCCAAGCGCCUGCAGGACCUGGCGAAGGAUCUGGUGGCCGCCAUGGAGAGCGUCUGCGGCCCCAUCGGCAUGCACGUCAGCCGUCCCGCCUUGGUGGAGCUGCAGGACGACCGCAUCGAGACCUACGCCAAGACCAUUCGAAGCGUUUUGGGUAGCGAGGUGCCUGAUGCUCAUUCCCCCUCCGUCCCCAGCGUCCUCACCAAGUGGUACUCCAGGGUGGUCUUCCAGAUGCCCCACCAGGAGAUCGCCGACAGCCUGCGGCUCUGCCUGGCCGAUGCCCUCCAGCACUUCCACGAG